AUGCAUCUUCUCUUUGUCUUAUGCAUAUCUUUAAUUAUAAGUAUUCAGGCUGAAAGUCUGUUUAAAAAGGUCUUCGGUAAGGAUAAAAAACAGAAUGUUACUACUCCUGAUUCAACAACUUCUGUUAAAAUAUUUUCAAAUUUUGCUGAAAUUACUCGCAAAAUAAGUGUGGCUGACCUACCCAUAGAAUUUUCGGAAGAUGAAUGGAACGAAGUCCGUGCUGAUACAAUUGUACUGUAUGGUCCAUCAAUCGACGUUACUUCCCAAACUACAAGUGAAAAGAAGAAAUCAUUGAAUGGUGAAAAACUUUAUGUUCGCCGUUCACAUGGUGAUAAAAUAGAAACUGUGGAAGCUAUAAUGAUUGAUGAAAAGAAAAAUCUUGUUCAAGAUACAUCAAAAAAACGAUAUUUUACCGUUGGAACUGAUCAAAUUGAAUAUCUUUCAACACCACCUGCCAAUAAAUAUAUCGUGUCAUUUACGUAUGAUGUAAAACCACAAAUAACUGAUCAACAAUGGUAUGUAACAUAUUUAAAAUCAAAUCUCAACUGGAAGACGAGAUAUAAUCUUCUGCUACAGUAUGAUGAACAAAAACCUCAGUUAAUUUCGUUAGCGGAUAUUAGAAAUGAUGGUGAUAAACCUUUGACGAUUGAAUCAGCUGAACUGUUUGGUGGUGAUAUUAAUGUUCAAAUAAGCCCUUCGAGAUAUGAACAAUGGUCAUACGCUAGAUCUCCACAAAUGGAUGUACAAAUGGCAGGUGCACCAGGGAUAGGCUCAUCGCCACCAACUAUUAGCCGUCCGGAGGAGUUAGCAGGUUUAUAUGUAUACAAUAUUGAUAACCCAUUUACAGUUGAUUCAAAGACAAAUUAUGUUUUACCUAUGUUGAAACCAACAGUUAAAGUUGACAGAUAUAGUUCAAUCAAAAAAUCGUUUCACGCUGCCAAUAAUCGUGGUAAAGCUCAACGCUCAUAUCGUUUACGUAGUGAUCAAUUUUUGCCAAAAGGAAAUGCAAUUAUUCGGGAAUUUGAGCGUCUAGUUGGUGAAACUUCUUGGCCCGAUAUUGCUGCGAAUGAUGACUAUGAUUUUUCAAUUGGCCAAGAUCCUGAUGUUACUUAUAAAGAAAAUGUUACUCUACUUUCAUCUAAACUAUUGGAUGAAACGGCAGCUAGACGUCUAUCGGGUAAACAAUAUUAUCCUGGUUCAACUGUUACACAAUCAUCUUAUGAAAUUAAUUUAAUAUUAAAAAAUUUUAAAAAACGACAAAUUAAAGUUGAAUAUACUGAAUAUUUUCAUGCAUUAAAACAAUUUGUCAUACAGGAAAAAGGUCCAUUUACACAAGAAGGAACGGAAAUUCAUGGAAAAUUUACAUUGCAACCAAAUGAGGAAAAACAUUACAAAUAUAAAGUUGAAGUUACCGAUUAA